UUAUAGUCCAACUUUUUUUUUUUUUUUAACAAAACUAGAGUUUCCUAAUACCGGUGAAUGCAUCAUAGAAAGUGGGCGUGUCUUAGCCAACAUGUCUGCCUAGAGUUUCUAUGAAAACUUUGAACAUUUUCGGAGGUUUUGAAGUUGUUUUAACGCUCGGUUUUAGCAGGUCAAAUGGUUCGUGAACGCAGCGCGGACCUACUCCCUGGUCGUGGCGGCAGAAGACAUUCCAGCUACGGGAUCUUAGUGAUGUUAAUCUGCGCGAACCUGCCGGCUGCGGACUGUGAAGGCAUCAGUCCGGAGAGAUGCCUGAUCUGGGGUCCGGGGCUGGACCCAGACGCGGUUCUGCCCGUCCGGUACUUUUUCAUCCAGGCUGUAGACUCGGAGGGGAAAAAUCUGACCAUUUCUCCAGGUAAAGACGCAUUUAAAGUAAAGAUAAGUCCUCUGGACAGGAAGGAGCACGUCCGCAUCCACGUCCCUCCCCCCCUGGACAGAGGCGAUGGGUCUUUCCUGAUGAGGUUCCGGCUCUAUGGUUCUGCUCAGGCGGGCCUGAAGGUCGAGGUCCUACACCAGCAGGCUGCUGUCGCCAAAUCUCCGUACACCAUCCAAGGCCCUGUCUAUCACGAGUACUGUGACUGUCCCGAGGUGGACGCCUCUGUGUGGCGGGGCGCCAUGGAGUGUCCUACAGAGGAACCUCAGGUUCUGGCGGACCUGAAGGCUUUUCCCGCCGUCUCCCUGCAGCAGCUCAGGGAGGAAGUUCCUCGCAGGUUCGCCAAUCGAGGAGGUCUGAUCCACUACGCCGUCAUCGACAACCAGCUGUUCCGCCGCACUCUGGGGAAAUACACCGACUUUAAGAUGUUCUCUGAUGAGAUGCUGCUGUCCCUAACCAGGAAGGUGAGGCUUCCAGACGUGGAGUUCUUCAUCAAUGUGGGGGACUGGCCCCUAGAGACCAGGACGGAGGGCGCCGUUCCCGUCUUCUCCUGGUGCGGUUCUGUAGAGACUCGGGACAUCGUCCUCCCCACCUACGAGGUCACACACUCCACCCUGGAGACCCUGAGAGGCGUCACGAAUGAUCUACUGUCUGUGCAGGGCAACACAGGACCUGUGUGGGCCAAUAAGACGGAGCGGGCGUUUUUCCGGGGUCGGGACAGUCGUGAGGAGCGCCUCCAGCUCGCUCUGAUGUCCAAGAGGAACCCGGAGCUGCUGGACGCCGGCAUCACCGCCUGGUUCUUCUUCAGGGACCGUGAGAAACACGUGGGAAAAGCCCCGCUCGUGGGAUUCUUUGACUUUUUUAAGUACAAAUACCAGGUGAAUGUGGAUGGAACGGUUGCAGCGUAUCGGUUCCCGUACUUGAUGCUGGGCAACAGUUUGGUCCUCAAACAGGACUCUCAGUAUUAUGAACACUUCUACCUCCACCUGAAGGCAGGGACCCACUAUGUCCCAGUGAAGAGAGACCUCUCCGACCUUUUGGAGAAAGUCCGGUGGGCCAAGGACAACGAUGCUGAAGCUGAGCAGAUGGGCCGAGCUGGACAGGAGGCGGCCCGGGAACUGCUGCAGCCCAGCCGCCUCUACUGCUACUACCACACGGCGCUGCAGGCGUACGCCGAGAGGCAGACGGGACGGCCGCAGCGGCACCCGGACAUGGAGCUGGUGCCUCAGCCGAACGACCACAUGGCCGAGUGCACAUGCGCGCGGCACGGCCUAAAGGCUGAGGAGAAGGACGAGCUGUGAGGACCCACGCUCCACCAUGAAGAGAAGGACACCUCUGCGGUUCACAUGUUUUCUGGGUCGGGAAUGAACCGUGCACACGCUGUGACACAGAGAAACCCUCCAUACAGGCAGCCACUGAAGGGGACGGCUGCUUUUAUUUAUUUACAGUAAAUGAAGUUAGAGACGCUGUUACAGUUCCAAAACAUGUGCCUUCAGAACAGAGAAGAAUGUGUCUUAUUACAGAAUAUUUACCAGAAUUUGAAAUAAUUUUUAGGGAAUCUACUUACAAACAACCAAUGACUGUAGAUGAGAACCGGAACUAGAAAACUGGUUACUUCCAGCUCAAACUAAAUGAAAUCAAUUCAGUCGCCAUUUUUAUUUUAUUUUUUGCAAUACGGUUGUUGCCAUGUUGGAACCAGACGCCAGUUAGCAGUGAUUGGUCCAAGUCGGUCUGAGUCAUGGUUUCUAUAGCAACCCUUCCCACCAAUCAAAAAGUGAGCUUGUUGGAAGUCCACACCCCACAUGAGCAUCUGUCAAUCAGAUGUUUAGAACGUGAAGCCACACGCUUUUAUUGAUGCAUCUGAUUGGUCAGUUUAUAACUUGAAUAAUUUGAACUACAGAAAAAAUAUAUUUAAAAAAAUAAAGAAUAUGUUUAAAAAAAGUACCAGAGCAAGAAUGGUUACUCUGACAAAUAGAGUGACUGAGGAAUGGCUGUUUACACAUUGGAGCCAGUGAGUAACUCAAUCCAGUUCUCAAAUACAGUCAGUGCAUACAACACACUCAUUGUAACUUUAAUCCUUGGAUUUACAUCAUAGGUUGUGUCCAAAAUCCCCCCCAACCCCUAACUACAAAAAAACUACCGUAUAUAGGCCGGGACUAUCUAGUGCCCUGGAUUUUAAAGAUAAUUUGGACGCGAUGUUCACUCCUUUUCUUUCGUUUUUCCAAACACCAG